AUGGCUCCCAAGAAAGUCCUCGUGGUCGGUGCCGGUGCGGCAGGCAUGUCCUGCGCCCACCACCUGUCCAACCACCCUGACCUCUUCGAAGUCACAGUUCUAGAAUCCACUUCCUCCUGUGGUGGUCAAGCUUUCUCAAUCCCUCUCGAUGAGAGUCGACACGGUGCCUCAUGGUUAAACCAAGGGGUCCAAGGCGGCUCCCACAUCUUUCGUCAUACAUUCUCCAUGUUCCGCUCACAAGGCUACGACGUUCACCCCGUAAAUCUACAAAUAUCAUUCGGCAAGGGUCGUCACUUUUGGACCAACGUAUUCCCCACCGUAUUCCACGAAGAACACGAAAAGGAUAUUAAAAAAUUUAGAAAUGUGUUAAAAAUAAUCAAAUGGUUCAGUUUGAUGUUUGUCUUCAUACCGAUUAAAGUAUUACUCAAGUUGUUUGGGUUUUCGAAGGAGUUUGGGGAAUAUAUGAUAAUGCCUUCACUUGCUUUAUUCUUGGGAACGGGGAAUGCAACGCCAGAGGUUAAUAGUGUUAUCCUCGAGAGGUUGUAUGGGAGUCCCACCGUGGGGAUGUGGUAUGACCCCGAGACGGCGGAUAAGAGUAAAAAGAAGGAAGGGGUUUUGUCAGGGAAUAAUCCGGAUAUGGUUGUAUUCCCGAACUUAUCUGAGUUCUAUGAAACGUGGAGGAAGAGUUUGGUGGGGAGAAGGGUGGAUGUAAGGUUGAAUACUGAGGUUGUGAGGGUACUUGAACGAGGGAAAAAAGGUGUCAAGGUUCUUGUGAGAAAGAAAGAAGGCAAAUCUAGUAUGGGCGGGGAAGAGACGGUGGAGGAAUAUGACGAACUGGUAUUUGCUUGUCUGGCUGAUACUGCGAAACGAAUACUUGGGAAGCAGGCGACAUGGAGGGAAAGGUUUAUCCUAGGAAAUACGAAAUGGAGUGAUGAUGUUACGGUCACCCAUUGGGACUCAAAUUACAUGGAGAAACAUUAUACAAACCAUUUCGAUGAAGAGCAGGUAACUACAGCCAGCAAGACGGGGAGAGACGAUUCAGUCCGUAUCGCUCAAGGGAAGGAGUUUUCACCUAUGUUUUCAAGCAAGCUAACGUUGUCGUCCCCUGUUCACGCCUUCAAUUGCUCCGCCUAUCAGUAUCAAUUCCCCAAACGUCCAAAUUCGGUAAACCCAUCCCUCGCUGUUCCUACAACUCCAUUUGAGCGUCAUGUGUUCCAAACGAUCUACCUGAACAAAGCACGAGACUCUCAUCUGUGGGAAAAAGAUACCAUUGACCCCUCGAAAGUCAUUCAAGAAAACUGGUGGCAUCAGUUAUGUCAUUCGUGGACGCACUAUAUAUUCGUCGUUCCAUGGUUAUGGAUGAUCAACAAUUCCAAACAUACGAGAUACUGUGGAAGCUGGACCUUGGUGAAUGCACAUGAAGUCGCUGUUAUUAGUGGAGUUGCAGCGGCAUGGAGUUUGGGGGCUGAAUAUCCGGAGGAAGUUGAGAGGGAGGAUAAAGGGGGUAGGUGGGAAGGAUUUGCAGUGUUAUGCUUUAGGUUGUAUGCAUUGUUGGGUUAUGGAAGGUUGUAUAAGAAGAGGGAGGGAGUCAAGAAGUUUCCAAUCUUGUGA